AGAAAAAAAACUCAAAUUUAUAUUUUAAAAAAUAAAAACAAAUAAAUAUUAAAUGAUCGUGUACCUUCUUCUUCUUCUUCUAUACUGUCAAUGCCUAUGCUAAACCAAGAAACACGACAACACCAAAUCUCAGCCGGCGGUGUUGGUGGCGGCGGCGGUGGUCGCCGUGGUGUUUCUUUCCUCUCUAAUGGUUGUUGUUCAAGCUUCCAAGCUCAGCCUCCCUAACCCUUCUCUCUCUUCUUCUCACGUAUCCUCUAUUCUCUUCGAACCCAGCUCUCUCUCUCUAGCUCUCAUGCACUCCGACUCCUCUUUUUCUCUCUACCCUUCUCUUUCUCCUCUUCACCAACUCUCCUCCCUUCCUCCUCCUCAAACCCUGGUUCCUGCUCCUUCUUCCUCAUCCGCUUUUGUUCUCCUCAAAAACCCUAACUCCACGAAUUCGAAAUCUGGCUCUGAAUCUGACUCCCGCGUCGUGUUCGUUGUUUCGGGUCCUUAUGCCGGCGGGUCUCGUAUCCUUCUUCGUUUAUAUAUUUUGCAGAGGCAAAAGAAGGUUUUCUCUAGGGCCCGAGUGGUUUGCAAUCAGAAGGAUCUUCGAUUUGAUCAGAGAUUGGGGGUUUUGGUUGAUUCUGUUCAUGGGGUUUCGAUCAAGCUUGCUGGGUCGGUCAAUUUCAUGGCGAUGUACUCGGCCUCGAGCUCAAAGGUUUGGGUUUUCGCGUUGAAACUGGUGGGUGAUGAUAAUGGCGAUGGGAUCGCUGUGAAAUUAAUGAGAUGCGCCGGGAUUGAGUGCUGUAAACCCCUUUUUUCGAUUAGUGUUUCCUUCGGAUUGCUUAUUUUAGGGGAGGAAAACGGAGUUAGGGCUUUCAAUUUGAGGCAGCUCUUGAAAGGACGGGAUAGCAAGGCCAAGCGUUCGCAGUUGAAUUCGAAUGUUCGCAAAUUGGGCUUGCCAAAUGGAGUUGUUCAAGCAGAUGUUCGUGGUGAUCGGUGUGGCAAAUGCGACGUUGUUGAAGGGACUUGGGAGAUAACUUGUCAUUGUUAUUUGGAUGGGAGGAAGCAGAAGCAUCUUUUAUCUGUAUUUGAUCUUGCAGGAAAACAGAGGGCUAUUAGAUUGAGACAAGACUCGUGUGAGCCUGGUGCAUGCUUUGUGGCAUUCAGUGGCAAGGAUGCUGAAGAAUUAAGUGCAAGGGUGAAGAUGUCUGUGAAGGCAAUUUCAAUUCAGGCAUUGUCUCUAAAAAAGUUUAUAAUUUUGGACUCAACUGGAGAUUUACACCUUUUGUGCUGGUCCAACCAUGUACCUGGACUAGAUAUGGCCAGUCACAUGCGACGGUUGCCUCGAGUAAUGAAUGUGCAAAGGCUGGCUGUUCUUGCUGAUUCUUCUAUAAGAACUCAAACUAUAUGGGUGUCAGAUGGAUACCAUUCCUUGCACAUGAUAGCAGCAUCAGACAUGGAAACCGUGGUUGAUGAAAAUGAUAGGACAGAGAACGAGGAAAAGCUAAUGCAAAUCUCAGUUAUACGAGCAAUUUUUUCUAGUGAAAAGAUUGAAGAUGUUAUUCCUUUGGCUGCAAAUUCUACUUUGGUUCUCGGACAAGGUAGUUUAUACGCAUAUGAAAUUUCUUGAAGUUGCUCAGCUUUCAGUUCUUUUGCAAUGAAUCUUAAGAUGAGGCCAUACUAGAUGUUUAUGGCAGUUUGACAGAGGUUCCUUGAUUGCUGUUCUUUUUAAAAUGUUUCCCUUCACGUGUUCUCUGAUUAUAAUGGUUCUGUGUGCUAUUUUGUUGUCAAGUCCAUGAGCUACAGUUUCUUCAUAAAUUUAGUUGUGAAGAAGUCGUUGGGAAGUACACUGAGCUCUUGGAGGUAAUAGAAUCAGGAGAGGACCAAUUGGAUACUUAUCAUCAUGGAGUGGUGCAGUCAGAGUUGAACAACUCAGCCGUACAAUCUGAAUCCAAGACUACUUUGUGGUGAAUGAAAUAUAAUAUGAACUUUUUGGCCGUUGAUUCUUCAUCAUCAUAUGUCUUGCCCCUUGUAUGAAGUCCUGGGUUAAACUUCCUGCUGGAGGGACCAAUCAGCAAUUCAGCUAAAGUUGAUAACCAACCACUUGGGAUUUUAGAUAUAUAGCUUUGAGUUGCCCCACAUGCUAGACACUGUUUAUUUAAAGUAAUGCCCCAAAGUUUGUUCUGACAUUGAGACUAAAUAAUUAUGCAUUGCAUGCAUGGUAUGUAACUCACACUCGCCUCUCUACGCUAGUCUCUCCUACACAACUUGGGGGGUUAGUAGUCAUCCGCUGUAACAUCAAAAUGUAUCUGAAGAUUCAUACCUUGACUGGUACCUUUUGGCGAAGUAAUACUGAUACUACAUUAUAAGGCUUGAUCAA